AUGACUGGCUCCCCCGCGCUUUUGCCAGCUUCGCCGAGCACCGCCGAUGUCUGCUUCCCAACCCAUUUCUCCGCUCCUAGCUCUCACAGCGCCUCUCUGCAUAGCCUCUCAUUCGAGUUUGGCGAGAGUAGCCCCGAGACGAGUCCAGACACGGGCAUGAGCAUGGUCCAGAGCCCGAGCGCUGCCCUGUCGUUGGCCCUUCCAUUGCCAAACCCUCAUUCGUACACCUUCGAUAAACCACCGUUCCGAAGCUUUGGCAUUCAGUCGCCGGUCGCAUGGCCUGCCGAUGGCUUUGGAGGUAUAGAGCACGAUGCUCGCUUUGUCCCUGACCAAUUUGCCAUGCGGCUCUCGCACGUUGAUGCCUACCCAGCCGGACCCUUCCGCGACGUGGAUGGCGCAGAGGAGAUGCUGACCAUGCCGAAUGCGCCGGUGGGACUCAAGAUGGAAGCUUCCGAGCAUCCAAUGGACUUCACGCUGGAGAACAUGCCAAGCCCCUUCUCUGAAGAUCGAUCAAGCCCUAGCUCAUCUGCCCAUGCUAGCGUGCUAGGCAAUGUGAGCCCAGUGUCAGACAAGCGCCGCCGACUCGGUAGUCCUACCGGUAGUGCCAGCACGGCAAGCUCGAAAGUAGCGCAUCGCUCCAGUGACUCCAAGCGACGUUCUGGCGGAGGCACAAAGCGCAAGCAGUCCAAAAAGGGUGCAUCUCCACCUCUGCCGACGAGCGGCGCCGAUGUCCCCGCUGAAACGGAUCCUCUCAAUGGUGAAGCGCAAGCAAGUGAAGCCACUUCUCUGCCUGCUCAGCCUGCUCAGCCUGCCGCAGUGGGCCCAUCGCUUGCCACAGAGAAGCAGCCAGAAGAAGCCAAGCUUGCGCCAGCGAAAUCAUCCAAGAAAAGGGAGCCUCCUUCCGCAUCGCAGAUCACCGAAAGUGGCCAGCCUUUCCCGGUCAUUGACACGUCGGCCACUCACUCGUCGCUGUUCGUCCAUCCUGAUACAUCUGGGCUCACAAAGCGCGAGGCGAGGCUGGUCAAGAAUCGCGCUGCCGCCUUCCUCAGUCGUCAGCGCAAGCGAGAGCAGUUCGAGGAGCUCGAGAGCCGCUGUCGAAGCAUGUCACGACUGGUCUGGCGUCUGUGGGAGGUCGCUGCUGGUCCUGAUAUGCCCUGGUCGGCUUUCGGACAGACAGUGUUGCCAAUGCUGCUGGGAGAAGAGACACCAGACGUUCGCGAAGUUCUUGAACUGGUAGUCAACGCCAAAGGAGCCAGCAUCGCACCUACUGAAGACCCCUCAGCAGGGUCUUCCGUGCCGCCUCUUUCUGAUCAAGCCAGCGAAAGUUCGGAAAGCUUUAGUACACGCGGUGUCAAACGCGACCGUGAAGAGGCGGACCACACGGCCAACGCAGCGACUUCAGAUCAAGCGCCGCAAAACGAGCUGUUUUCGCUGCGCUCGCAAAUGGAAGCGUCAAACCUCAAUGAGGCUGCCUCGGCGUCGCAGUGGCCUGCAUCCAUGAAUAUGCUGAACGAGGGCAGUGCUGCACCCAGGCCCCAGAGCGGUGGCUCUUCUGCACAAGCAGGCGAUGAGCGUCCUUUUCGAUCAGGGCCGCCAGCGUCUGUGACUGACAGCAACACGCUGGCCUCUGCCCAAACCCUAGUCGUCGAACCUGAAGCUGCUGCCUACGUACAGCUCAAGCAGGCUCCCCAGUCGCUGUCCGUGCCAGAAUGUGGACAGGAAGACCAAGAGGCAUUGA